AUGGAGUUCCCCACGGCCAGCAGCGUGGAGGGCAGCGUUGAAAGCAGCCAACGGCAGCAGCAGCAGCAGCAGCAGCAAUUGACGUCUAUGGAAUGCGACUCUCCUGCACUGUCGACUGGGGCUUGGGGUCUGGCGGUGCCGCAGCAGCAGCAGCGCAGCAGCAGCUUCUCUCAGCAGCCUCAAGCCUCUGCAUUCCCCUACACCUCUCAGACGCAGCAACCGCGGGCCGAACAGCAGCAGCAGCAGCAGGAGCAGCAGCAGGAGCAGCAGGAGCAGCAGGAUCCUGCUGCUACUGUUGCUGUUUGUGGGCGUUUCUUUCUUGAAUAUAUCAUCAUAGAAAACUUCAAAUCCUAUAAAGGCAAACACAUCAUUGGGCCCCUACAGAGCAGUGUAGCCAUCAUCGGGGCUAACGGCUCAGGGAAGAGCAACAUCGCGGAUGCUAUAUGUUUUGGUCUCGGCGUCAACGGCCGCAGCAUCCGCACGAAUGCCCUCACAGAUCUGCGGCAUGCAGCAGCAGAAGAAGAGCACAGACCCCUCACUGCGGUGUCUCUACACUUUCGUCGUCGUGUUGCUGCUGGUGCUGAGGGAGAUGCGUUGCUGCUGCGGCGGCAGAUCAGCAGCAGCAGCAGCAGCAGCUGUACAUACACCGUAGAUGGAAAGCGAGUAACAGCAGAAGAAUAUAUGCGAGUGCUCAGAGAUAAGCUGUCUUUGGCGCCCCACACGAUGGCUGCUUCUUUGCUGCUGCAGGGGGAUUCGUCUGUGACAGCCGCCGCUCGAUCGCCGCUAGAGCUCACCCGCCUUAUAGAGCGCGUUGGCAGCAGUGAAGAGUGGGCGCAACAGUUCGCUGCAGCAGCAGCAGCAGCAGCAGCACUGCAUGCAGAAGCUCGUCAGACAUUCAGCAGCAAACAGCAGCUGCUGGCAUCCCUGCGUGUGCUGCGGGCGCAGCAGCGCGAAGUUAAAACCUUUAAAGAGAUGCAGCAGCAACAUCUGUUUGCUGCUGAAUGCCGGCAGCAGCAGCAGCAGCAGCAGACCGAGAAGGAGACACAGCGCGCUGACUUGCUGCUGCAGCAGCUGCAGCAGCAACUGCAGCAAGCAGAAGCAGCAGAUAGACAACGAAUUUCCCUCUCCCUUCAACUCGAGCAGAAAAAAACACUAGCAGAAAAAAGCGCAAUGAAAACAAACAUGCUCCGCAACGGGCUGGCGGAGUGUCUGGAGCGGCUGCGGUUUGCUGAGCAGCAGCAGCAGCAGCAGCAGCAGAAGCUGCAGCAGAAGCAAGAGGAAUGCCGCUCGUUGAAGGCUCUAGAAACAGAACUAUCCUCCGCGGUGAUUCGCCUCUGUGAUGAGCAGCAGCAAAUAAAAGAUGCUGCUGAAAAGAGAGAACUCCUGCUGCAGCAGAAGCUAUCCAAAGAGCAGCAGCAGCAGCUGCUGCUGCUGCAGCAGCAAGCCGACAGCAGAUUGACGGAACUGAAGCAGCAAAUGACAAGGAAGCAGCCGCUGCUGCAGCAAGCUACAAGCGCAUUAGACAUUUCGGAGAGAGAAUGCCUUGAGCUAGAGCGCCGCAUCGGCUGUCUGCGCGAAUUGGCGGUGCGUAGCAGCAAACCCUCCCUGAGGGAGGAAGCAAAACAAAAACAAACAGCAGCUGCGGAGACACUGCAGCAGCUGCUAGCGGACGCAGCAAACGUGAAGGCGUCUCUAAAGGAAGCGACAGAAACUGCAAAUGCGAGUUCAAGCCGGCGUGAGGAGCUGCUGCAGCUUCAAGCGGAGCUGCAGCAGCAGCUGUCUUUGUUUGUGCUGUCGGACUGUAUCGUUGUUCCUUCUCUGCUGGUGGCGCAGCAGCUGCGGUCUUCGCAUUUUCCUUACUAUCGCUUUGUUACUUUUGAGGGGGAGCGGCUGCAGCACAGCGGGGUGUAUUCUAUAGAUACUGCUGCUGCUGCUGCUGCUCCUGCUGCUGCUGGUAGUUCUGCUGCUGCUGCUGCCGUGGCAGCGGGACGCACGCAUGCACUGCAGCACGCCGAGCUGCUGCAGAGAGCUGAAGAAGUUGCUGCAGAACUACAUAAAAUCGAUGCGCUUGAGAGCGGCAGCGGGGAGUUCGUCAGCAGGAAGCAGCAGCAGCUGGAGAGGCUGCACAGGCUGUCCUUGCAGCAGCAGACAAAGCAAAAGGCAUGGGAGCAGCAGCAAGAGCAGCAGCAGCAGCAACUGCAGCAGCUGCAGCAGCAGCACGCACAGCUGCAGCAACGCUGCGAGCAGCAAAGGCAGCGGACCGCCGCCCUAGCAAAAGAAGUUGAGGAGGAAGCAUCUGCUGACGCACAGGCAGCAGCAAUGGUUGGAUUUGGUAAGGGGUUGAAGCUGCCUCAGGCGGAGCUGCGGGAGCUGCUGCUGCAGCAGCAGCAACAGCAGCAGCAGCGAAGUGCAGCAGCAAAAUUGCAUGUGCAGCAGCUGCGGCUGGAAGCAGAACUGAAGGACUGCCGGAGCCGGCUUGAGGCUGCUGUAGCAGCAGCAGAAGCAGCAGCAGCAGCAGCGCAGCAGCAGCAGCAAGAGCAGCAUGCAGUGCAGCAGCUAGCCACAUAUGAGCGACAGCUAGCUGAGGCAGAGCAGCAGCACGAAGAGCGGCAGCAGCAGCAGCAGCAGCAGCAGCAACUGUUGCAGCAGGUGGGGAGGGAGCUGCAGCAGCUACGCGGGGAGUCAGACCGACUGCUGCGAGAGAAAGCUGAAGCCGCCGCUGCUGCUGCUUCUGCAAGGCAGCAGCAGCAGCAACAGCAGCAGCAAAUCCUUCAUCUGCUGCGACAAGCAGACGCUAUUGGUUUGGAGCUCCCCCUCAAGCGAGGGACGUGGAAAGAUGUGCAGCAAUUCAUCAAUGACGCUGAUCGCCAGCAGCAGCAGCAGCAGCAACAGCAGCAGCAGCAGCAGCAGCAGAGCCUUGAGGGAUUGCGAUGCUUUUCGUUUGACUGGGAUGCGCUUCCUGCCGAAAAACGAACAAUGAUAGAAAGAGAGAACGGCAGUGGGGCGCGGGUGCAGCAGGAGCUACAGCGGCUGCGGGAGCAGCAGCAAAAGCUGCAGCAGCAGCUGCAGCAGCUGAAUCCAAAUUUUAAGGUCGAGGAGAAGCUUGAGGAGGUUGAGGCGAAGGUACAGCAACAAGAGGAACUGCAGCAGCAGCAGCGGAAUGCAGCAGCAGAAGCAGAAGCAAAACUAAAAACAUUACGCAGCCAACGGCGUGAAGCCUUUAUGAAAUGCUUUAUACAUUGCCAGAAUGUAUUGAAUCUUAUCUUUGCUCAUCUAUCAGCUGGAGGACCUCUACAAGAACAGCAGCAACAGCAGCAGCAACAGCAGCAGCAGCAGCAACAGCAGCAGCAAGGGGUGGCAUCGGAUAUGCUGAUGCUUGAAGAUCAUAUGCAGGAGCCAUGGCAGCAGCAGCAGCAACAGCAGCAGCAGCAGCGGCAACAGCAGUUUGAGGCUGGAGGGGCUCAGGCGUUUCUUGACCUUGAAAGCUCAGCAGCAUUCACCAGGGACGAAGAGCCAUUCAACUGCGGUGUUUCUUUGAUUUGCAAAUUUCCCACCAAAAGAUUUAUGCCAUUUCAGCAGCUCAGCGGUGGCGAGCAGCAUGUUGCUGGUUUGUCUCUAGCGUUAGCUUUGUCUUCAUUCAACUCUAAGGUACCGUUUUUACUAUUGGAUGAAAUCGACGCCCAUUUAGAUAAAACCCGCUUAAGUCGAUUGGCGACACUUUUGAGAGAAAUUUCAGGAGGAAAUAAAAUUCAGUGUUUAUUCAUUACGCAUAAAGAAAGGUUGUUUACAGCAGCUGAUUUGUUAGUGGGUGUGGUGGAGGACACUGCGCCUUCUUCGUCGCGUUGCUUUUUAUUUGAUGUUCGACCGUACAGACACCGCGAGCCACCGUGCCCAGCGAACUGA